AUGUUUGUGAGUUGUUUAGCUUUGAUAAUCGAUUUCCCAAUUAAGGAAAUUCUGGCGAAUAAAGAAUCCGCGGAUUUCGGGCGGUACGCGGAAGGUAAUGCUUCAACAGCAGUGUAUGCGACGACCACAAGUACCCCAAGCAGCAGAGCUCGAAAGAAGAAACGACGUCCGAAUGAACAAGAUGAGGUUGAGGCAGCGUUAUUGGCGGCGUGCCAGGCUUCGAGCAGUACGUCAGCAAUCAGUGAUGCAUCUUCUGUUGAGGGUAGUCCGGCGAAAAGGAAAAAAUCAGUAUGCUUCCAAGUGUUUGCUAAUGCGCGUUUGAUAUUCGGUUGA